AUGGAAAGAAAUAUGUUGCCAUGCUACUCAAAUACUCCACUAUGCUCCUCUCCGUCCGAUCAGAACCCAACAAUUCUCAUCGAACGCACCAAAUCACCGCUAUUUCUUCAGGACUCAGAUCCAGGACCAGCUUCCAGUUUUGUUUCCACUACUAUUGUCAAAAUCCCCAAAUCAUUCAGCUCUUGAUUAUAGGGUUUCCGUCAAAAUCCUUUUUCAAUUUGCAGAUCUGAAUUUUUUUUUUCCCGCUAAUUCGGUUAUUAUUGAUCGAAGUCGUAAUGUCAGAUAGUAAUGAUUCAGAGGUAUCCCUCCAAAAUGGAGAUCAUGCGGCUCCUGGAGUAGAGGAAAAAGAGGAUUCAAAUGGACCUAUCAAUCCUGAAACUUCCAUCAAUCAGGAACCCGAACCAGAGGCAGUGUCUGAGCAAAUUCACCAUGUGGAAAGUAAGGAGGAUAUGUUCGUUGAUGCAACCGAUGAUAUGCAAGACAAUCAAUUCCAGGAAAUGGACAACGGGGAUACCCAAGAUGAUUCCGCUCUCGCUGAGAAAUACACUAUUUCGGAGGAGUACAAGGAAGAGAUAGAGGGAUUUAAAAAGGAAGUUGCUACUCUUCGGCGCCAGCUCAGGGAUUUGACUAGAAAAAAGUCAUUGCCUGGUCAUGAUAAUGAGGUUCAGGAAGAGAUAGUUGGUAGUGCUUCGUUGAGUGAGAUGAUGAGUGAGUGCUCCCAGCUUGUUAAAGUUUCUUUGGAAGAGCGAUUGCAGACAGAGACGACGAUCAGGGAGCUCCAACUACAGAUUGAAGCUCUUAAUGGGAAAGUUCAGGUGGAACAGAACGUUGAGCUUAUUGCAGAUAGGAUGUUAGGUUCUCUUAGCAUGGUGAUUAAUCAAGAAGAGUUGUUGGAUUACUCUGUUAUGGGGAAGAUUGCUCAUGUUGAGAGAAAUACUUCUUUGUUAGUGGAACAGUAUAGAUGGUUUCUCUAUGAAGUUGAUCAACUUAGGCAGUGUUUGUUAGAGGGAGGGUUUAAUGUUGGGGUUCAAGAGGAGUUUGGAUACGGGUCAGUUUUUGGUGUUGCCCGUGGCGAGUUGCUGGAGCUCAAGAAAAAAGAAGAAGAGAUGCCGGAAAAAAUAAGCCAUCUGGAAGAUAUGAAUAAGAAAUUGAUUGAUGAAGUGGAGAAGGAAAAAGCAAUGGUGGAGACCGCAAAUUCUGAACUUGAAAAAUUAAAUGUGGAACUAGAUCAGGAAAAAAAUAGGUGUGCUAAUACAAAAGAAAAGCUUAGUAUGGCUGUGACAAAAGGGAAGGCAUUGGUUCAGCAGCGGGAUUCACUAAAGCAGUCUCUGGCUGAGAAAACAAAUGAGCUUGAGAAUUGUUUGGUUGAAUUGCAAGAGAAGUCAAGUGUUGCUGAGGCUGCUGAUCUAUGCAAGGAGGAAUUAGCUAGGAGCGAAAACUUGGUUGCAUCAUUGCAGGAAACACUAUCGAAAAGGAAUGCUAUUCUUGAAAGCUGCGAGGAAGUUUUUUCUGAGGCCAAUGUGCCUAAGGAACUUCAAUCAAUGGAUAUUACUGAGAGAUUGAAAUGGCUUGUAAAUCUGGUUGCAUCCCUGCAGCAAACACUUUCUGAAAAGAAUGCAAUUUUUGAAAAUUUUGAAGCAAUUUUUUCUCAGGCUAGUGUUUUUGAGGAAAUAGGAUCGAUGGAUAUGACGGAGAGAUUGAAAUGGCUUGUAAAUCUGGUUGCAUCCCUGCAGGAAACACUUUCUGAAAAGAAUGCAACUUUUGAAAAUUUUGAAGCAAUUUUUUCUCAGGCUAGUGUUUUUGAGGAAAUAGAAUCGAUGGAUAUGAUGGAGAGAUUGAAAUGGCUUGUAAAUUUGGUUGCAUCACUGCAGGAAAUGCUUUCACAAAGGAACAGAAUUCUUGACAGCCUUGAAGAAAUUUUUUCCCAGAUCAGUGCGCCUGUGGAAGUUCAGUCAAUGGAAACCGUUGAGAGAUUCAAAUGGAUUGUGGAGGACAGAAAUGCACUUAACGAUAAUUUGCUUGAAUUCCUUAAACUGAAAGAUACCUUGUCUUCUAUUGAUCUACCAGAAACUGUUUCAUCAUCUGAUUUGGAAACUCGAAUAGGAUGGCUUAAGGAAUCAGUUAAUCAGGCAAAAGGUGAAGUAAAUAUGUUGCAAGAUGAAAUUGCUAGAACAAAAGAAGCUGCAAAUAAUGAGAUUGACCGCUUAAGUGCUACACUUUUGGUGGAAUCACAAGAAAAGGAAUACAUUAAAAUGGAGCUGGAUGACCUAGCAUGCAAAUUUGAAGGGGUUGCCAAAGAAGCACAUCAAGCCUCCUCAGAGAAGGAUCAGAUGGUGAAGCUGUUGUUUGAGGGUUCUGGAAUAACAGAGAGUUAUUCUGAUGUGGCUGAACUUAUUGAGAGAUGUUUUGGAAAGAUAAAAGAGCAAAGCGGUGCUUCUUUUGGUACUUCUGCUGAUGCUGAGGUGUUUGAAAGAAUGCAGAAUCUCUUGUAUGUCAGGGAUCAGGAAUUGACGCUCUGUGAAAAACUUCUAGAAGAAGAUGUGCUGGUGAGGUCAGAGGUGAGUAAUCUGUCUAAUGAGUUAAGAGUGGCAUCUGCAGAACUUGCUGCAUUGAAGGAGGAAAGAGACUCUUUGCAAAAAGAUCUUCAGCGAUCAGAAGAGAAAUCUGCUUUGCUAAGGGAGAAGUUGUCCUUGGCGGUUAAAAAAGGCAAGGGAUUGGUUCAAGAUCGAGAAAACUUGAAAUUUUCUCUGGAUGAAAAGAACACUGAAAUUGAGAAGUUGAAGAUUGAAUUACAACAACAAGAAUCUACGGUUUCUGAGUACAGGGAUCAGAUAAAUAGAUUGUCUACUGAUCUAGAACAAAUCCCAAAGUUAGAGGCUGAUCUUGUUGCUAUUAAAAAUCAACGGGAUCAACUUGAGCAGUUCUUGUUGGAGAGCAACAACGUGUUACAGAGAGUGAUUGAAUCAGUCGACCGAAUUGUUCUUCCUGUUGAUUCAGUUUUUGAAGAGCCUGUAGAAAAGGUGAACUGGCUUGCAGGGUACAUGAAUGAAUGCCAGAAAUCUAAGAGCCAGGCAGAGCAAGAGUUGGAUACAGUCAAGGAGGAAACUAGUAUCCUAGCUAGUAAAUUAGCAGAUGCACAACAAACUAUGAAGUCACUAGAAGAUGCAUUGUCAGGUUCAGAGAACCGCGUUGCUCAACUAACUGAAGAGAAGAGGGAAAUAGAAGCUGCUAAGGAAAGUGUUGAGCAGGACUUGCAAAAAUCAAAAGAUGAAGCUUAUGCUCAAACUAGCAAGUUUAUUGAGGCUUGUGCAACUAAAAAAUCACUUGAAGAUGCAUUGUCUCUGGCAGAAAACAAUAUUUCUCUGAUAAUCAAAGAGAGAGAAGAGGCUCAACUGAGCAUAUCUGCUACAGAGACUGAGCUAGAGAGAGUGAGUGAGGAAGUUGCUGUUCAAACUGGCAAGUUGACAGAGGCAUAUAGAACUAUAAAGUCUCUUGAAGAUGCAUUAUCUGUGGCAGAGGCCAAUGUUUCUUUGCUUACUGAACAAAACAAUCAUUUCCAGGUCGGUAGAACCAAUUUAGAGUAUGAACUAAAGGAGCUAAAAGAAGAAGUUAGGUCACAGGCUAGUGGGCUGGCAAAUGCCUCUACAACUAUGAGAUCUCUGGAAGAUGCAUUAUCAAAGGCGGCAAAUGAUAUUUCUGUCCUCGAAGGAGAAAAAAGAAUUGCUGAGCAGGAGAUUUCUACACUUAAUUCUAAGUUGAAGGCAUGCAUGGACGAAUUAGCUGGAACCAAUGGCAGCAUGGAAAACAGGUCUGCAGAGCUCAUCCAUCACCUUAGUGACCUUCAAAUGCAUGUGAAAAAUGAGAGUCUGUUAACGAUGGUCAGACAACAUUUUGAGAAGGAAUUUGAGAACCUGAGGAACAUAGAUCACAUUCUCAGGGACAUAAAGAGCCAUUUGGAUAACACAGGUUCAGAACUGUUGCCAAGUCACCCUAUCAUGGAAGAAGAUUUACAUGUGACAAAACCUUUUCCUCAUGACCUUGGCAAUAUUGUGAACAUAGAAAUGGUCGAUGACAAUGUGAAUGCAGCAGAUGUCAACAAUAUUUCAUUAUAUUUUAAGAAAACUGUUGAGGGGUUCCAGUCGCAAAAUGCAAUUCUCAUGGAUAAUUUUGAAGGUUUCUCUGCUUUCAUAGGCGAGUUUAUUGAAGCUCUGUUGGGAAAGCUAAGGGCAACUGGAGAUGCAGUGACUAUUAUUUUUGAGCACAUGGAGUCUAUGAAACAGAAAAUGAAGAAUAUGGAAAUGCAUAACGAGGAACAAGAGAAAACCAUUGCUGUGUUAGAAAAAGAUUGUAGAGUUUUACUAUCUGCUUGCAGUAAUGCCACAAGCAAAUUGCAGUUUGAAACAAAGAACAAUCUACUGGAGCUGAACUCUAUUCCUGAGCUUGAAACGUUGAGACAUAGCAUGAUUCUAGAAGCAACUGAAGUUGAUGCUGAUAAUGUAGAGCAUCAGCAAAGUCUUGAGGACAACAGAUAUGAAAAGGUUGCCAAAAAUUUAUUCCUGGUUACAAGAAAAGUUCAAACUCUGAUUAAACUAUUUGAGAGCACAAGCAAUGUGGCAGCUGCCACAAUUGAAGACUUGCAGAAGAAGUUGAGCGAAAGCAGAUUAGCUUAUGACAGAGCCAUAAAAGAAAGGGAUUUAAUUCAGAGUACAGUUUCUGAGUUGGAAAUUGAUGCAGAAGCCUUGCAAAAUUCUUGCAAAGAACUGAAGCUCAAAGCAGGGGAUUAUCAAGUCAUAGAGAAGAAGUUGAAGGAAAAAGAAGAGGAACUUUCGAAGUUACGUAGUGAUUUAUUGAUGAAAGAACAAGUGGCAGAAGAAGCUCUCAUGUCUGCUUCUGAAUUGAAAACGCUUUUUGAUAAGAUAAGGGGGUUUGAAAUUUCUUUUGCUGAGUUGGAAGUAAAGGAUGUGGAGCUCCAUGGUUCAGUUGAUGUACAGAAACUGUUUUACAUCAUUGAUAGUGUACCUGAGUUGCAUAAUCAAAUAAAUGUGUUAUCUCAUGACAAAGACAAGCUACAAUCAACUGUAUCAAAGCAGGUUAUUGAAAUUGAAUAUCUAAAAGAGAAAAUUGAAACACUCAUUUCAAAUAACCAAGAAUCUGAAAAGAUGAAGGCUGAAAUGUCUGAGAUAACAUUAGGUUUGGAGAAAUUCAUUGAUAUUUUGGGCGGUAGUGAAAUUGUUGCAGACCAAAAAUUUGCCGGUGACCAAAAGUCUGCUGGUUUGCAGAGACUUUUGCCAGUAGUAGAAAAACAGAUUAUGACCUUGCUUUGGGAAGCCAAAAAUUCGAAAUCCCAAGUUCGGGAACUUGACACAAGGUUGCUUGGGAGCCAGAAGGUCAUAGAGGAAUUGUCAACCAAGCUUAAAUUGCUUGAAGAUUCAUUCCAAAGUAAAACUGUUCAGCCGGAGAUUGUCCAGGAAAGAAGCAUCUUCGAAGCAGCUCCAUUGCCCAGUGGCUCAGAGAUAUCUGAAAUUGAAGAUGUGGGUGCAGUCGGAAGCAAUGCAAUAUCUCCUGUUCCCUCAGCUGCUCAAUUGCGUACUAUGCGAAAAGGAUCAACUGACCAUCUUGUUCUCAGUAUUGAUUCAGAAUCUGGGAGUCUGAUCAACAAUGAGGAAACUGAUGAGGAAAAAGGUCAUGCGUUCAAGUCUCUUAACACAUCAGGUCUCAUUCCCAAGCAAGGAAAGUCACUUGCAGAUCGAAUUGAUGGAAUAUGGGUAUCUGGUGGUCGAGUUCUUAUGAGCCGUCCCAGAGCAAGGCUGGGCCUCAUUGCCUAUUGGCUUUUCUUGCAUAUAUGGGUAUUGGGAACCAUCUUGUAAAUCGUCAUCUCUCUGAAUCAUAUACUUGUCAGCAUUUUUAACUUGUAUCAUACAUAAUUUUUCCCCAUUCGUUUUUUUCCCUUCCUCAACCCUUCCAAAUAUGUUGUUUAUAUACAUAUUCUUACCCUCGUUGAUUCUUUGCAAUCAUAUUUUGGGAUUCAGAAAACCCAAAGCCUAUAUGCUUUUGGAAAAUAAUACACGUUCUAACCCCUUUAGUCUCCAA